AUGCAACAAGUCCGCCCAGAAGCGCGAGGGGCGGGCGGGGCGCCCAAACUCAGAGAGUACACGUUCAGUACCGUCGCGACGAUGGCCACGGACGGACGUACGAAGCGCUCCCAGUCGAUAUGCGCGCCGGCCUCCGCGAGCAUGGAGGCGCUGGCAGCUCCCGCCGAGACCACGCCGGCGCCGCGUCGCCGUCCAGCCGCGCGAUCUCAGUCCGCGCGAAUCACCGGUGGUCGCUCCGUGCGACACCGCCGUCAGCAGCAGCAGCAACAGCUCGACCGCGAGACCAGAGCCCGUUACAGCUCCGAACCGCGUCUGGCAGAGACCGAAACACCGCCACAGGUCCGUCGUCAGGCCUCAGCUCGCCGCCGUCCUCCUGCUGCCCAACACGCCCAGCCCCGUCGCUCCAAUGCCUUCCUCGACGUACCUCGCACCGCACACCAGCCCGAAGAAGAGCCGGACGAGGACUCCUACCGACUCCGAUCCUUCAACAUCACGCAGAAAGGAGGAAUCGUGAAUCGUGGUGAUUCAUUCCGGCGACGUCGCUCACGGUCUGGCAGCUUAGCUCCAUCCUCGCCAGCUCAAGCAGCUCCGGAAUCCGAAGAACGACGACCGGUAGCCUGUCAUCGAGUGGCCAUGAUCGGAGCGCCCGGCGUUGGGAAAACCGCCCUAAUCAGCCAAUUUCAGACCACCGAGUGUAUCAAUGCCUACGAUAGGCAAAGGGAUGUCGACAGCUCAGAACAGAAGGUUUCUAUACUCCUUAACGGGGAAGAAUCAGAGCUUUAUUUCGUGAACUGCACCAGUGCUAAGGAAGAAAUCGACAGAUCAGAGCCUCCAGAUGCCUUCGUGGUGAUCUACUCUGUAGUGGACAAGGCUUCCUUCCAGAAAGCUGAGCAGGAACUAGCCAGGCUACUGGACUUUGACAUGCUGCGUGCUCGACCAGCGUUGCUUGUGGGAAACAAGAUAGACCUGGCAAGGAGUAGGGCCGUCUCCACACAAGACGGAAAAUGUCUUGCGUGUACAUACAAGGCAAAGUUCAUAGAGGUAUCUGUCGGGAUUAAUCACAACGUUGACGAGCUCCUUGUCGGCAUCCUCAACCAGAUCCGGCUGAAGAAGCAGCACUACUCAGCAGAGGGCGGCAGGGAGUCGUCUCCGGCACACUGGUACAAGUCCAGGGGCGUCGUUCGGGCCAGUAUGAAGGCCAGACAGAUGUUCACGUGGAUCUUCGGCAAGGAAGACACCAAGUUCAAGAACUGUGAGAACUUACACGUCCUGUGAGUGGAGAAUGACGGCCCUGUGUUCGUUUGAAGGACUUUAUGUGCGUGUGUGCGUUUGUAUUGAACACAGGUCGUUUUGUGUGUGGCGGUCGGUUUUUAGGAUGAGGUUAUGCCAUAAUGAUUCAAUGUCUUUUAAAUGUAAGAAAACUAAAGCUAAAACUUGUCUUCUAUGAAAAGUAGCGGCUCGGUUGUACCUCUGGCUUUGACAAUCUCCAUGAGCUACUAAAUCAUUUCAGUCAAGUACCCUUUUUACCUAUAGUCGUGCAAAUACAAAGCAUUUUGUUUCUAAUCACAUACGUAAGAAUCUACUUUUGUCAGAAAAUGGUAUUUAAAUUUCGAAAUGUAUCUGUUCCGUAUAUGUGUUGAUUCCCUAAACCGGAUUCCCUUAUCCAUACAAUUAUAAUUAAUUACGCUAAUAACAGAUCUGAAUCAUUAUAGUACAACUUCGUUCCAAGAGAACGUAACAAAUAUCUAUAAAUUAACAUGUACCUAUUAUUCAAACUUAGUUAGUACAUUUAUCUAUAUUAUAUUAAUCGUAGUGAAUUAUAAAAUGUAACGCCAAGUUUUACGGUUUUUAUCAUAGUCAUUAUUACGUGCCAAGUUUUUGAGAUAAUUUAAUAGUAGUAUAUAUUAUAAUAAUACGUAGUUCAUAGUUCAUUAAGAUAGGUUAAGAUUUCUUUCAGUAUUUUAAUAAAAUGAUGCAAGUUUUAAUGAUGCUUCGACAAAUAAACUCGUCUAAGAUAAACGGUUAAAACGGUAAAAAAGUUGUACCAUAGUUAUGUCAUGGAACAGAAUCUCUUUGAAGAAACACUCCUGUGUAAAUGGCAUCAUAGUGAAGAAAUAUUGAGCAGCUGAUGGGAAUAUAGAGGACAAACGUCCCAGAGGACGCAGUGACCUGAUGGUCGGACCGAAUUCGGUCUUGUCUGGACAUCAAGCUCCACGAUGCCCUCCACGAGGCCAAGGAUCGCAGUAGAUCGCGAACAAUCGUACAAGAGAGAUUGAUGCAGUGCAGGAGUCACGACUCUCAGUAAUGAGGAGAAAGACGGAAGGAGGGGGUUUGAAAAAACAAUUCAUAUACAAUUUCUAUAUGUUUAUAGUCGUUCUCCUGGUGAGGUCACAUUUUAUUUAUCAUGUUCUAUCAAUUCUCUGCUUUCUUUAAAUUAGUUGAGAUUGUAAUAUGCAAUUAUUUGUUCACUUGUCAUGUUUAUUAUCAUAUGUUUUAAGUUUAUAAGAAAAAUCACAAAGAUCCAAAUUAACGUAAUCUAAAUGCUAUCCAAGGUACCUCGACACGAUCGAUGUUUAACCAUGUGAAGAAAUUCUCUGUAUCUCUAAGCCCAUUUUAAUGUUUAGCGUUCAUGAAAACACAGGAGUUUUCUGGAGAGAAAAAAACGUCUUUACAGUGAAAGGAAAAAAUCAAUAAAACUUGCAUCAAACACCUUAAACAAUUAUUAUUAAUACAAAAUGUAAGAUUAUCUCGUAGAUGAAAAUAUAUCAAAUAUUGGACCAUAUUUACUACUUGUACAACUCAUUUCAUUUAAGUAUAUAUAUCAGUAGUAUAUGAGAGGAGUAAGUACUUUGUAGAAGCAUCUUGACCACUAUGUAAAGUCGUAACUAAAAGGAAGCUGUCUUAGUAGCUUAGAUAGCUUAUAAAAACACUCAUAUAUACAAAUUAAUAUAGAUAAUUUAUUUUAAUAUUUAAUAUUUGCGUUAGUACUAAGUAAUUUACAGAAUCUUAGAGUAUUUGAUAAUGAUUAAAUAAAUCCAAGAUAAAACGGUUAAAGUGUGAGAAUGUAAAAAAAGAAUUCGAUAUUCUCAAAUUUAUAAGAACUUCAUUCAUUGGAACAAAAACAAUUUAAUAUUUCUUGUAUCAUCCUUAUUGUAGAAUUAAUUUUAUACUAGUACGGAUAGAGUGUUAAUGACUAUUUCAAAACGGCUUCAAAUUUGCGGCCAUAUUGACGUAAUCUAAGAUUGUACAGCUAAAACUAUUAAGGUUGCCUCUAGCCGAUGGGUUCUGCAUUUUAAUACAUAAAACUGAAACAAUCCACAAUUAAAUUUUUUAACAUUAUCUGAAUGAAAACAUCAUAAUUGUAAGAUUCUCAUUUCAGCAUUUCUAUAGCAAUAAUGUUUAGAAAAUAGUUAAAUAAUCUUUCAUGUAAUAUUGUUAUAAUAUGAUAAUGUUAACGUACACAAAUUUAAUUGCACAUAGCAGCUCCCAAUUUGAUGAUCGAGUUACGAAUUUAAAUCUUCCCAUAAAUUCAGGGUCCAUUACAUCCUUCCAUAAUAUUACAUAUUUAAAAAAAAAACAUCAAUAUUUUUUAUUCGAAUACAUUAACUAUUUUGGUGAUUGAUAUCGCUAAAAUUGUCAUACUGGCUAAAAGUUUCUGACUUAAAUUAACGACAUAAUUACAUAAUAAAUAAAUUCGUGAUAAAUAACAACAAUGUUGUUAGGCACGCGAAAUCAGGAGAGUUUUUUUUAUUAUUAUUUAUAUUAUAAUCUUUUUAACAUAAGAUUUCUCAACUGCGAGGCACCAGAAAAUCUAUAAGUAAAUCAAUUUUGAACAAUUAUGAUAAUCACACUACUGCAGUCUGAUCUAAUUUUGAUUGAAAAAAAAAAACCAUAGCGCAUUCCCGCCUAAAAAUAAUCUAUGGUUUUGGAUGUUCAGAACAAAUUUUGAAUUGAUCGAAAACCAUUAUGUUUGUACAUUUGGAACCAUCAAAACAAAACGCAUAACACGACUCAACCCUCAUUACUUGACAUACAAUACUCUACUAGAUGUCAGUACAUGUGUAUUUUUAAUGUUUCAUCUGAUCAAUUUUUAAACUAUAUAUAGAUACUUAUUCUGUAAAUUUUAUCAUGUAGCUACAUAAAUGCGAGUGCACCUAAGGAUUUGAAUUGUAUUAAAUGUUUAAUCUUACCUAUUAGUGAUAUUAAAUUUUAUACAUUUUUAUAGUAUUAAAAUAACCGUAUAACAUUUAAAAACACUAAGUACUAAAGCCUAUCAUCCUCUUUUGAUAAAAUCCUUUUUAUUCUUGUAUUUUAAUAUUGACUUUACGAGAUAAAAUUUUCAUUUAACGUCCCGUGCUAAAAAAUAUUCAAAGUUAAAUUUAUUUUUAUCAACCUUACUUUGUAGAUUAGAAUUCAAAACACAGUGCCUUUUUAUCAUUAAAAUGUAUUGUAAAUAUUUAAAAAGGUUCAUUCUAAAUUAUUCUACGGAUUGUAUCAAAUUCUCUUUUAAACAUAGUAUAAAAAUGUUUAAUAUAUAUAUCUCUAUCAAAAUUCGACACGCUCUAACAAAAAAGGAGACAAUUAAAUUUUAGCUUUAAAAUUACCUUGAAAAAGUCGUUUUGUCUUCCAAAACUAGACACCCAUAAUCAAUACCUUUUUUAAUAAAACAAUAAUAAUAAAAACAAAUUUACGCCUGCAAUAUUUAUUUUACUUAUUUACAUAAUUUGAAAUAAAUGAAAGAUUGCGGCAAUUUAAGAUCCCAGAUUCGUUUAAUAAUUGACGUAAAAAAAAAAGGUUAAAAGAGCACCUUAAAUAAAUUUAGUAGAAUUAAAUAUUUUCUCUUGUGUUAUUUAUCAAUAGAGAAAAUGUUUUAACUACUAAAAACACAAUCCAAAUAUAUAUUUAAAUAUCAUAAUAAUGUAAAUAAAUCAACAACAAGCAAAUUAAAUUGAAAGACAAAAAAUACUUCAUAUUUUAGUACGAGAUGCUCCGAAACAAAAAACAAUUCUAGCCUAAAAGAUAUAAAGCACUAACAAUCAAAUUAUGACAUAAUUUACUUUUCUAAGACGAGCUUAGUCUACGUAACUGAAAGCCGAUUCGUUUAUUUUGAGAUAUUCACUUCACAAAUUUUAUUAACUCUUUCUGGUUUACUGCCAACCGGUCAGGUUUGUGUAAUGUCAAUUUUGUGGAACAGAAAGCAGAAAUUUAAUAUAAAAAUUACAUAUCGUCGGAGUAAAACAUAUCAUAUUAAAUUUCGUAACAAAUUUCGAUGGUCUCUCGAAAUAAGCACGCAUGAAAACACGGAUUAACGAUUCGUUGAAAGAAUGAACCUUUUUUUAUGUUAACAUAAGUGUUUGUAAUUUAGAAGUACCAUUAUAACCUACCCCAUCAUUUCCGAUCAUAGCUUCAGUAGAUUUUAACAACUUCUAAAAAGUUAAAAAAACUGAUUUCACCGGUUCUAAACUGCUCCAACAUCUUCGAACAGUACCCGUCCAAAAUCACUACGAAAAUAUCACACCCAGCCAAAAUAACCAAAAACUUUAGAUCUAUCCUUUCUACUUAUAUAGUUUAAUAUGAUGUUUCAUAACUACAUAGGCUAUGAAGAAUGUAUGGUCUUCAGCUAACAUAAUCUGUUUCCAGACAUUUUGCCGUAUGCUAUCUGACCAUGGAAUGAAAUUUACCGUAUUUUCCGAGCGUUAUUAUAAGGCCUUCUUCGAACGAGGCUAAAAGGGAGUCCUCAGUGAUAAACUGCCCAGUGGCUAUACCUCUACCAUUGCUAGUCUGGGAACUGAACAAUAAGCUUGUCUACCUUAGUAGAUAACUAAAACAAAGAUAGCUUGAUGCAAUCUUCUCAGUCAAUCACUCAUCAAUUCUCAAUCAAAGUCUCAUCAAUUCCUCCCUGCGUCAGUUCACCCCUGCUUUUCAUGGCAGGGUGCUUCAGCCCGGGCAGUGGGGUUUGCCCCGAGGCCCGUUCCGUGCCUCCGUAAGGGGGUACGACGACCCCUCUAACAAUCUUCUCAUAUCAUACUUCCCAAUAAGUCAGUUUAAAUGGCACAGCACGUUUUGCAAAGAGAUUUCAAAUACAAUAUUCUCAAGGGUAGGUCAUAAAAUAUAUAUAUAUAUAUUAUAAAAUUAGAGAAUUUAUGUAAAUAAAAUGUACCUAUAAUAAUUUAGUAUUAGGUCAACAUUAUGCAUUUCAAUGAUGUAUGAGCUUUCAAAUAUAUAAUUAGGGUCCUUAAAUUAAAUUGUAAAAGUGAAGAUAAGAAAUGUUAAUUUAUUUUUCAAGUAGUGAUAACUUCUUUAAUGUGCGUAUUAAAAAAAAACCAAGCACACAAAAAUAAUACAUGUAACUAAAUCUUUGACUACGUAUUAUUUACUACCAGUUACUACAAAUCGUCCUAAUCUAUUCAAUCGUUAUAAUUUAAUAGAACGCAAACUAUUUACUAUCUUCACUUUUUCAUUACAAUUAACAUAAGUCCUUUCAUAUUGUAAUUCUACUAUUAAAUCUAUUUACCGUUACCUUUAUUGUAAAUAUAUUGAUUGACAAUAAAUUUGAUUACUUUA